CCGCGGCUGCUCGGCGCUCCGCGGCCCCCGCGGCGGCUGCUGCUGCGGCUGCUGCUGCGGCUGCUGCUGCUUCUGCAGCUCCUGCUGCCGCCGCGGGCGCUCGACCUCCGGCACCUGCAUCCUCGGCCGCGGGCCGGGUCCUCCCCGCCCCGCGCCCCGCCCGGCCCCGCCAUGGUGUCCUGGAUCAUCUCUCGCCUGGUGGUGGACUGACUGAUGCAGAGCUGGGAGGGAGAGGCCACUGCUCUUGGCCGAGGGGACCAGUAACCCUGCCUGCCUCCCUAGGCUCAUCUUUGGCACCUUGUACCCAGCCUAUUCUUCCUACAAGGCCGUGAAGACAAAAAACGUGAAGGAAUAUGUGAAAUGGAUGAUGUACUGGAUCGUCUUUGCUUUCUUCACUACAGCUGAGACACUCACGGAUAUCGUGCUUUCCUGGUUCCCCUUCUACUUUGAGCUCAAGAUCGCCUUUGUGAUAUGGCUUCUGUCCCCUUACACCAAGGGCUCCAGCGUGCUCUACCGCAAGUUCGUGCACCCGACACUGUCCAACAAGGAGAAGGAGAUCGACGAGUACAUCACACAGGCCCGAGACAAGAGCUAUGAGACCAUGAUGAGGGUGGGCAAGAGGGGCCUGAACCUGGCCGCCAAUGCCGCGGUCACAGCUGCUGCCAAGGGCCAGGGGGUGCUCUCAGAGAAGCUGCGGAGCUUCAGCAUGCAGGACCUGACCCUGAUCCGGGACGAGGAUGCACUGCCCCUGCAGGGGCCUGACAGCCGGCUCCGCCCCAGCCCCGGCAGCCUCCUGGACACCAUUGAGGACUUAGCAGGAGAUGAUCCUGCCCUGAGUUUAAGGUCUAGCAUGAACCAGGCAGAUCCCCGGACAGAAACCUCUGAAGACGAUAUGGGAGACAAGGCCCCUAAGCGGGUCAAACCGGUCAAAAAAGUGCCCAAAACUGAGCCACUGGCUUCCAAGACACUGAAGACCCGGCCCAAGAAGAAGACCUCUGGCGGGGGUGACUUGGCUUGAGGUCCUGACCCCGCCCCCUCCAGGCUGCAGAGCCCCUGGUCCACACUGUGCCAGUAGCCCAAGUGUCUCAGGCCCCAGGACCCCUCCAAUGGCUGCCUGCCCAGUGACCACUCCUCUGGAAGGUCUUGGAAAAGAGGAAGGAGGCCCUGCUGUGGGGGUGGAGGGUAGAGGCUGGAGGAGUUGCUGAGGACUGAGCCACCCAAGGAGGUGGGGGCUCCUUAGAGCCCAAUUUGCUAUUCUCCCUGCUCCAGUCCUGCCCCCACCCACCCAGUGCCUUGCUGAAGACCAUGGCCAUCCUCACAUGCCCCCACUGCUCUGUCUGGGGUGCGGUGUGGGGGCAGUCACAGUCCAGAAUGACCAGAGAUGGGCCCGAAGGCACCUGGGAGAGAGUGGGGAAGGCUUCACAGAACCUGGCCAAGGGCUCCAGGCCACACCUGUGAAUGGAGGGCAGGGCCUUAAUGUGCGUUUAAAGGACCAGGAUGGCCAGGCCAGAGCUGCAGCUGGGGGCAUUGGGUAGGGCUGUGUGCUACAUGUCCCGCUAAAAAGAAGUGGGGCUCUAGGGGUGUGUGUGUGUGUGCGCGCGCGCGCGUGUGCGUGUGUAUUUCUGGGUCUAGGGUGGGGGGGAUUUGGGGUAAAGGACUUUCCUGGCAGCAGCGACCACCCCCCCCACCGCAAGCCCCGGCUGGCCCUUCCCUGCUUUCAGCCCUCCUUCCUACCCUCAGACCCUCAGAGGACGCCAGCCGGCCCUGAGAGGAUGGGAUUCUGAGGACCUCUUACCUCCUCCUCUGCCCUUGAUACCCUUCAGCCUCCUCCCAUUCCUGCGCUGCCCCUGUGCUGGGCUCCUCCACCCCCCAGGGCCCACUGCAGAGGCCCCUGCUGAGCCAGCUCCUUUCCUCCUCACCUGGGGGCUCAUCUUCCUUUCCCCCAGAGCCUUCUUCCUGUGCCAAGCAAACUGGGCCCCAUGUGAGCAGGCUCUUAUGAGCCCAGGCUUUGCCCCACACUCUACCCCAGCUUCUGCCAUGGCUUCAGUCAGGGCCAGGAGGAGUGUGUGAAGAAGAAAAGAAAUUUAGGAGCCCAAGGGCUCCCAAUUCUGUGGAAAGAGGGUGCCCGUUGGACCUUUGGCACCGGAUGAGCCAAUAAACCAAAUUCU